GGCAGGUCGUGCAGCUAUGCAGAAAGGCGGCUCAGCGACCGGGCGGCUCGGGUGCACAGCGGCUCGGCUCCCGGGCGGCUCGGCGGCUGGGCGGCUCGGGUGCAGGGCGGCUCGGCUCCCGGGCGGCUCGGCGGCUGGGCGGCUCGGGUGCAGGGCGGCUCGGCUCCCGGGCGGCUCGGCGGCAGGGCGGCUCGGGUCCCGGGCGGCUCGGCGUUGGGCGGCUCGGCUCCCAGGCGGUUCGGCUGCUGGGGCGGCUCGGCCGGGAGAUACAGGGGCGGGACCGUCAGGUGCAGCGGCGGGUCGACCGGUGCAGUGGCGGGCCGGCAGGUGCAGCGGCGGGCCGGCAGGUGCAGCGGCGGGCCGGCAGGUGCAGCGGCGGGCCGGCAGGUGCAGGCGGCGGGCCGUAGGGUGCAGCGGCAGGCCGUAGGGUGCAGCGGCGAGCCGGCAGGUGCAGCGGCGGGGCCGUCAGGUGAAGCGGCGGGCCGCUGGGUGCAGCGGCGGGCCGGCAGGAGCAGCGGCGGGCCGGCAGGAACAGCGGCGGGGCCGUCAGGUGAGGCGGCGGGCCGGCAGGAGCAGCGGCGGGCCGUAGGGUGCAGCGGCGGGGCCGUCAGAGGCGGCGGGCCGCUGGGUGCAGCGGCGGGCCGGCAGGUGCAGCGGCGGGCCGGCAGGAGCAGCGGCGGGCCGGCAGGAGCAGCGGCGGGGCCGUCGAGUGCAGCGGCAGGGCCGUCAGAGGCGGCGGCGGGGCCGCGGCAGUAG